UAGAGCAUCAGUUUCUGCGGAGACAGUUCCAGUCAUAGUUACAGUUUCCAGCUUCCAGCUCCAGAUAUCCUUACCAGCAACAUGCGCUUUGCUUUGGUAGCUCUCUUCCUCUUCGGAGUGAUCUUCGCCAUUGUGUCCGCCGGAGGACAAGGAGGCGGCGGCGGCGGUGGCGGCCAGGGCGGCUGGCAGAAGAACGGAGGAGGCGGUGGUGGCGGCGGCAAGGGAGGCGGCGGCGGCGGCGGCCAAGGAGGAUGGCAGAAGAACGGAGGAGGAGGAGGCGGCGGCGGCGGUCAGGGAGGCUGGCAGAAGAAUGGAGGAGGCGGCGGCGGCGGAAACGGUGGCGGUGGCAAGCAUGGAGGCGGCGGCGGUGGCGGAAACGGAGGCGGUGGCAAGCACGGUGGCGGCGGCGGUGGAGGUGGCAAGCACGGAGGCGGCGGCGGUGGUGGUGGCGGCAAGCAUGGAGGCGGCUGGUAAACCCCAGAAGUCCCCAGAAGUCGCUAAUCCCCAAGAGAUCCUCGUACAAACCAAUGAAUACUCCACUGACUGCCCUCCGGAUACACAAAUAUGAUGCAGUAUCUCCGAUUAGAAUCUCCAAAAGGAAUACUCACCUCCUAACCAAAAACAAUCGAAUACUCUUCUAUAACUUCCUCGUGUCUUUGCUUCUGCUCUAUCCUAUUUUCUUCCAGUGUAUUCUACUAGAAGAAUUAUUUUCUUGUUCAUUUUUUUGUUAAUUUAAAUAAAUAAAUUUUUUUCUUGCAAA